AUAAUAUAUAUAUAUAUAUCUAUAUCUAUAUAUAUAAAAAUUUGCAAUGGAGAACAUUUCUCGGAUUCUUGUAACCAAGUUAGCAGAAGAUGAAUCAUCCAACUCUUCAGAUAGAGGUGAUGAAUACCAGGGACAUUCUGUUUUCUCACAGACGGAGCACAACAUAGUUGCAACUUACUUGAUAACAGCAGGAGUUGUAAGUCUGCUUAGCAACAUAUUGGUGCUAGCCAUGUUUGUCAAGUUCAAGGAGCUACGAACAGCAACAAAUGUCAUCAUUAUCAAUCUUGCUUUCACUGACAUUGGCAUCAGUGGGAUUGGCUAUCCUAUGUCUGCAGCCUCAGACCUGCAUGGCAGCUGGAAGUUUGGGUACACUGGUUGUCAGAUAUAUGCCGCUUUAAAUAUCUUCUUUGGGAUGGCAAGUAUUGGACUGCUGACUGUGGUUGCAACGAGGACUGGCGAUGAAAAUAUACGUCUGGACUAUAUCCAUAGUUUCAUACCCAUACCAAAUCUAUGCCGUGACAGUCUUUUUAAUGCCCCACCUUUUUUUCUGACAGGAAGGAAUAUGACCAAUCGUACAUACGCUCUGCUGAUCGGGGCUGCCUGGGUCAACGCCCUGUUUUGGUCCACAAUGCCUGUCAUCGGCUGGGCUAGUUAUGCAGCAGAUCCGACUGGUGCAACUUGCACAGUAAACUGGAGGAAAAACGAUUUGUCCUUUGUUUCAUACACAAUGUCUGUGAUUUCUGUGAAUUUUAUAGUGCCAUUAUCUGUCAUGUUCUACUGCUACUACAAUGUGUCUCAGACCAUGAAAAGAUAUACCAAUAGCAACUGCCUGGAAAACAUCGACAUGGACUGGUCUGAUCAGCUAGACGUGACAAAGAUGUCCAUUGUGAUGAUAGUAAUGUUUCUUGUGGCUUGGUUGCCAUAUUCAGUAGUCUGUCUCUGGGCAUCAUUUGGAAACCCACAGCAGAUUCCAGCCCCCAUGGCCAUAAUUGCUCCCCUGUUUGCCAAAUCUUCCACUUUCUAUAACCCUUGUAUAUAUGUGAUUGCCAAUAAGAACAGCCUGAUGUUGGAAUACCACGAAGCAGACAACACAUGGACUCCUGAGGAAUAG